UGAUUUUUUCAUUGUUGUGAUGUGAGGAGCUUGUGUUGUUUAUUUUAUUUAUAAAUAUUAUUAAACAAACAUGAAAGAAGUUACUGUUCUCAUCUGUAGUAUUUGCAAUACUGCAUUUAAUGAUAAUGAAGAAGUAGUAUUGCAUAUGGUCAACAAUCAUCAAAAUGAACAUAAUAUUGAACAAAUCCUAAAUAAAAUACCUGCAGUUCCAAUUCGAAUGAAAGCAUCUAAAUCAAAAAGAAAAGCUUUGAGGAUACCUAAGGAAUAUCAAUGUACACAUUCGAUAUGCAACUAUAAAACUAUUCAUUAUUCUACCUUUAAAAGACAUUUGCUGACACAUGAGAAAGAUGGCCGUCAACACAAGUGUCCACAUUGCUCCUUUUCAACUAUACAAAAGCACAACCUAAUGAGGCAUAUCAAAGAUGUGCAUUUAGAUGGAACAGUAGACGUUGAACCAAUCAUUGUGGUGAGAACGACAUCAUGAGACUUUCAAGUAUGGUCAAUGACCUGAAACUGGAGAAACCCUAAAUGUCCCUUUGAUGGUCAACCGUGAUGCGGGUAAUAUUUGCCAGGAACUUGUGUGCUGUUGUUCUGCUCAAUCCUGCUUGAAUAUAAUCCAUAUUGUUUUUAUAUUAGGUACCU